AAUGUGCCGUUUCAUUGUUUACCAGUAACAUCAAAAGAAGAAAGACAGGUUUUGCGGGUAGUGCCGGCUGGUGUGUCCGUUCACUAAAAUGUAACAUUAUUACUGACGUGUCAGGUUAAAAGCCAUCCAGAUAUGGCUGAACUGUGUGAACGGGGACAUCGAAAGUCGGAGUGGGACUAAUGCCUUAGCCUCCCUCAGCUUGCCUUACACCGCCAGAGGAGCCCCGAGCAAGAUGCUGCUGAAGAUGCCCCAGAAGCUGCUGAAGACUGCCCACUACAUAGAGCUGGGCAAUUAUCAGCAUUGGCCGGUGCUGAUACCCCAAAGGAUACGACUGUACACUUACGAACAAAUCCCCCUCUUCCUCAAAGAAAACCCCUACAUCACAGACGGCUACAGGGCUCACCUGCCCUCCAAACUCUGCCUGAAAAGUAUUUUUAUUCUGUCCAAUGAGACGGUGAAUAUCUGGAGCCACCUUUUGGGUUUCCUGCUGUUCUUCUCUCUGGGAGUCAACGACCUCUUGUCUGUCCUGCCAGCUUCUGGAGCCAACAGAGAGGACUAUGUCAUCUAUGCUAUAGGACUCUUCUGUUUCCAGGUUUGCAUGCUGUGUUCAGUGGGGUAUCACCUCUUCUCGUGUCAUCGAUCGGAGAAGACUUGCCGCCGCUGGCUGGCGUUGGACUAUGCAGGCAUUUCUGUUGGCAUCCUGGGCUGCUAUGUACCUGGGAUCUUCUACGCUUUCUAUUGUAACGCUUUUUGGCGGCAGGUCUACCUGCUGACAGUGCUGUCCCUGAUCCUGGCCGUCUUCAGCGCUCAGGUCCACCCUCGUUACCUCAGCAAAGAAUGCACCUCCGAUGUUGUGCAGCUGUUUCUGCCUCGAGUUAUAAUAAUGUACUUGAUUGCUGGUUCUGCCUUCCUGUUCUACGUCACCAAAAUCCCUGAGCGAUAUUUUCCUGGCCAGCUGAACUACCUGGGCGCCAGCCACCAGGUGUGGCACGUACUUGUGGUGGCUAUGUUUUACUGGUGGCAUCAGACCGCUGUGUACAUCAUGCACUUUAGACACAGCCAGUCUUGCCCAGCGCACACCACCAGGAGCUAA